AUGAAUGUAUCAGACUACCCAUAUUCCUUGCCCUGUGAUGAGUAUGCUCUGCGUAGAGAGGGCGACCCAAGGAAUUCGUCCCAUAUCACAGUGUUUAAGAGCGCCAGAACCUCCUCUGAGCCCGCGGCUUCAUCACCAUGGUCACCGUUCCAAGUGACUAUGUUUCAUCUACAGAUAUUCUAG